AUGUACGCGCGCUGUAGAACGACACGCAAUCUAUCGCGCCUGCUUGCUCUUGCCUCUGUCCUGCUCCUGGCGCCGUGCGUAGCGGCGGACGACAAUGCUUUUGACUGCAAGAUUACUAUAGACGGCACGCAGUAUGACCUUACGCCUCUGGGAGGGGAGAAGAGUAUUGCGCGAACAAGAGAGUUGCCCCCGAGUACGAUGGUGGACACCUUGAGGUUCGAUAUAUGUGGAGAGCUGCCGAAGCAGGAGGGCGUGGACGAGCGGGACCAGUGCCCAGCAGGAACUCGAGCAUGCCUGACCACGAUCAACAAGAAGCCGGAUCAUGAGGACCGUGUCGUGUCGGUCGUUCCAGUAGCCCAAAGCUCAUCCCUCGAACCGUCAUACUCCUUACUAUCAUCACCAGAUGGCCUCUCACUGACGCUGCACGGCGCCUCCUACCCACAUCCCACGAACUCGACACCUACGCCUCAAGCACUAGUGAUGACGUUGCUAUGCGCUUCGGAAGCCUCAGACCCUUCAUUCACCUCAUACGACGGUGAGGAACUGCGCGUAGAGUGGAAGCACACCGCAGCUUGCAAGGACGCUCCCCCGGACGGCGGCGAGAAGGACGGCGGUAAUGAGGAUGACAAGACCCCUGCUGAAGGAGAUGAGCCCGUAUCUGAGGGCAUGGGCAGCGGGGUCGGAUUCUUCUUCCUUAUGUUGGGACUGGCUCUCGUCAUGUAUUUCGGCUUGGGCGCCUACUACAACUACACCACAUAUGGUGCGACGGGGAUGGAUCUCAUACCGCAUCGCGACUUCUGGAGGGAGGUGCCGAAUAUGUUCAGGGACGUCGUCGCGCACUUGUGCUCGAACGUGCGACCACGGUACAACAGUCGCGGAGGGUAUAUCGCUGUGUAG